GCCAAACAAUGUGCGGCCGUUUCGCCCAAAGGUCUCAAACCUCUGGAAGUGUUGGCAGACGUGAGUAAAGACGUCGACUGUAAACGACUGAUUGACAGUACGAUCAGUGCAUUCAAACGGUUGGAUAUUUUGGUGAACAACGCGGGCAGAGGUAUGCGCUGUUCAAUCGCUGAUACGGCUAUUCUCGACAAAUACCAGGAAGUGAUGGACACAAACCUGCGUUCAGUCAUAUAUUUAACACAUCUAUCGGUCGAACACUUGGAGAAAAGUAAAGGCAAUAUAAUUAACAUAUCAAGUAUUGCGGGACUUAAACCUUUUUCGCCUCAAUCGAUUCUGUAUUCUAUGUCAAAGUGUGCACUCGAUAUGUUCACCAAAUGUCUGGCCCUAGAGUUGGGCCCAAAAGGCAUUCGGGUUAAUGUUAUCAAUCCGGGUGCCGUUAGGACUAACUUCCUUCAGGUUUUGGGCUCAACGAAAGAGCAAUUGGAGGCCCGAUAUAAUGAAUUUGAGGACAAAUAUCCGGUCGGACGGGUCGGUGAGUCCAUAGACAUCGCGAACGCCAUACUCUUCUUGGUCUCAGACGAGGCCUCGUUUGUGACGGGAAUCAACUUUGUGUCCGACGGCGGGGCUCUCAACGCCCCCUUA